UCUGGGAAGAUUUUAAAUAUGCUGGCGAGAUAUUUAUAUUUACUGCCAUUUCUUUUUCUUUUAGCUUAUGGUGACGAUUCCCCGAAAAUUACUCAGAAGGUGUUUAUGGAUGUGUCCAUAGGGGGAAAAACUUCAGAGCGCUUUAUAAUUGGCUUAUUCGGAGAUGUUGUUCCCAAAACCGUCAAAAACUUUGUGAGUUUGUGCCUCUCUGAGGAAAAGGGUUACAAGGGUUCUAAUUUCCACCGUACUAUUAAAAAUUUUAUGAUUCAAGGGGGAGAUUUUGAAAAUGGUGAUGGCACUGGCGGACGCUCCAUAUAUGGAAGGCGUUUUAAAGAUGAAAACUUUGAAAUUAAGCACUCUAAACCGUACUACCUCAGCAUGGCAAACGCUGGCCCCGAUACCAAUGGAUCUCAGUUUUUCAUUACAGUGGUCCCGACCCCCUGGCUUGACGGUAGGCACGUGGUCUUUGGAGAAAUUCUUGAGGGCCAAGAUGUAGUACGGAAAAUAAGCGAAGUCGAGACCGGUUCUCGGGAUAGGCCUCUGGAAGAAGUAACCGUCAGAAACUGCGGCUUACUAAAAAAGCCCGAUCCAUAGGACUGCCUCUGGAAUAAACUAUUUGUGUUGCCAAC